CUAAUACUCAAUCAUAACAUAUAGUUUCUUUCUUCGUAUAACUAUAUUUUCCGGAAAGGAAAGAGUACGUACGUAGUGUGUGUGUGUGUCAGAAAUCUCAGAGGGUGAGAAUCCCAAUGAGGAUCUUACCCGAACCUCGAGGUUCGGUUCAGUGCCUCCUCCUCCUCGUAUCCGUUCUCUUUUCAGUAACUCUAACUCUCGCUCGCGUCGUCGAAGUUGUUGGUAACGCCGAGAGCAAGAUCAAAACCCCCCAUGCAUUCUCAGGACUCCGAGUGACGGUCGAGUGUAAGGUGAAUAAAGGCCAUUUUGUUACAAAAGCUUCUGGAAACAUUGAUGAAGAAGGAAAGUUCGGUCUAGAAGUUCCUGCUCAUGACAUUGUCUCUGACGACGGAGCUUUAAAGCAGGAGUGUUAUGCCCAGCUUCAUAGCGCUGCGGGAACACCUUGCCCUGCUCACGAUGGCCUUGACUCUAACAAGAUUGUGUUUCUAUACAAAUCUGGAGACAAACACGUUUUGGGUCUUAAACAAAAUCUCAAAUUUUCACCUGAACUUUGUGUUUCAAAAUUCUUUUGGCCUAUGCCUAAGUUCCCUCCUUUUAAGGGAUUUGAUCAUCCUUUCCCUUUACCUCCACCUUUGGAGCUUCCACCCUUUCCUAAAUUCAAGAAACCUUGCCCACCUCCCCCUGAGGAGGUUCCACCUCCGGUUCCAGUUUACGAGCCACCACCAAAGGCAGAGGUUCCACCACCUGUCCCGGUUCACGACCCACCGCCAAAGGUUGAGCACCCACCUCCGGUUCCGGUUUACAAGCCACCUCCAAAGGUAGAACACCCACCUCCAGUUCCGGUUUACAAGCCUCCUCCAAAGGUUGAGCACCCACCUCCAGUUCCGGUUUACAAGCCACCUCCAAAGGUAGAACACCCACCUCCGGUUCCGGUUUACAAGCCACCUCCAAAGGUAGAGCACCCACCUCCCGUCCCGGUUUACAAGCCACCUCCAAAGGUAGAGCACCCACCUCCCGUCCCGGUUUACAAGCCACCUCCAAAGGUAGAGCACCCACCUCCCGUCCCGGUUUACAAGCCGCCUCCAAAGGUAGAGCACCCACCUCCGGUUCCGGUUUACAAGCCACCAACAAUCCCCAAAAAGCCAUGUCCGCCUAAGUCACCAAAGAUUGAUCUUCCACCGCCAGUGCCAGUUCACAAACCACCAACUAAAAAGCCUUGUCCGCCCAAGCCGCCAAAGAAAGAGGAUCCACCACCGGUUCCAGUCCACAAGCCGCCGCCAAAAAUAGUCCUUCCACCACCGGUACCAAUCCACAAGCCACCAAAGAAGCCGUGCCCACCACCAAAGGUCGAGCUUCCACCACCAGUACCGGUCUACAAGCCACCACCAAAGAUAGAGCAUCCACCAAUUUACGUGCCACCGGUGAUCCCAAAGAAGCCUUGCCCGCCCAAGGCGCCCAAGAUCGAGCUUCCACCACCGGUUCCGGUCUACAAGCCACCACCAAAGAUAGAGCAUCCACCAAUCUACGUGCCACCAGUGAUCCCAAAGAAGCCGUGUCCUCCGCCGGUGCCAAUCUAUGUGCCACCGGUGGUGAUUCCGAAGAAGCCAUGUCCACCACUUCCACCACUUCCCAAGUUUCCCCCUCUUCCUCCUAAAUUCAUUCACCACCCCAAGUUCGGCAAAUGGCCUCCGUUGCCGACUCACCCUUGAGAAUGUAAUACGUAUACUUGUAUGUAAUCAACGUGUUGCUUUUAAAUAUUUUUAAAAUAUUAUCCUGCAUGUUUGAAAUUUGGUUUGUUUUGAGACUUUUAUCUUUGUCUACUUUCUCUCUGAGUUUUAUGUGUAGACUGUUUGUUCAUCUCUUUCAGGAAUAAUAUGGUAACUAAUAAUCAUUCCUCUCUUUUGUUAUGAGAUGAUCACAAAUCUUAGAGCAUCUUCAGCUACGAAUGAAAGAAAAUCAAGAGGGGGCUAUGCUCAUGAGAAAACAUGAUAACAUUUGUUGGGUUCAUUUUUUUCUUAAUACUUAUUAUAAUAAAAUACUAUAUGAAAU